CAUUUUCUAUUAUGCUUCCUUGAUAUAUAAGGAUCAACAACAAAAACACUCCCAUAUUCUCCUUCUCCAGAUCUACCAGAAAUCACAAAUCAGUUGCUACAAGAAAGGCAGAGAGACCCAAGAAGAAGAAAAUGGCAGGAGCACCAGAUCAUCUUUUCAAUUUGCGUAACAAUUUCUAUUUAGGAGCAUAUCAAGCAGCAAUCAACACCAGCGACCUUCCCAAUCUCUCCCCUGACGACGCCGUUGAGCGUGACUCACUUGUUUAUCGUUCUUACAUUGCCCUUGCCAGCUACCAGCUUGUGAUUCAUGAGAUUGAUGAUGCCGCUGCUACUCCACUUCAGGCUGUGAAAUUGCUCGCUUUGUAUCUCUCAAGCCCUGAAAACAAGGAAUCCACGAUUUCAAGCUUGAAAGAGUGGUUGGCUGAUUCAGCUAUUGCAAACAAUGCUAUCUUGAGGUUGAUUGCUGGAAUCAUAUUCAUGCACGAGGAGGAUUACAAUGAGGCUCUGAAACACACUAAUGCUGGAGGCACAAUGGAACUACAUGCAUUGAAUGUCCAAAUAUUCCUCAAGAUGCACAGGUCAGACUAUGCAGAGAAACAGUUGAGGAUCAUGCAGCAGAUUGAUGAGGACCACACACUAACUCAACUUGCAACUGCAUGGUUGAAUCUGGCAGUUGGUGGAUCAAAGAUACAGGAAGCAUAUCUCAUCUUCCAAGAUUUCUCUGAGAAAUACCCAAUGACAGGGUUAAUCUUGAAUGGAAAGGCUGUUUGUUGCAUGCACAUGGGUAACUUUGAUGAAGCUGAAACACUGUUGCUUGAAGCACUAAACAAGGAUGCAAAGGAUCCAGAGACACUAGCCAAUUUGGUUGUAUGCAGUCUUCACAUUGGCAAAUCUUCUUCACGUUAUCUCAGCCAACUGAAGCUUUCACAUCCAGACCACGUUCUUGUUAAACGAGCGUCAUCCGCCGAAGACAACUUUGAAAGAGCAGUUCAGUCAGUUGCUUGAUGUUUUGUGGUUUUGGCGAUAGUUAACAAGGUGAAAGCUGUUGCUUCACUUUUGUCACAGUUGUUUUUUGGGAUUGUGCAAAACCUUUUAUAAAGCCAAGAAAUAUACAACUGAACCUGGAAAGUAUGUUUUUGAUGUAGAGCUCAAAUCUACUUAUUAGUGGUAUUUGCCAAAGUCUUGUUUGAUAAAGUAUGUUAUUUUUGCUGCUGCUGCAUGUAAUUGAAACUUGACAGUGCUAUUUUUCUUCUUCUUCUGA